AUGGAGAAAAUUGCGUUCGGAUGUUUUAGCAUUUUUCUGUUAUUGCAUUUGGUACCAGGAAGUGGUCAAGAAGCACCACAACCUCGGCAGUUUGCAUCGUUCCAAGUGCUGAUACCAGAUGUCUCAUACUGGGCAUAUGGAAACAAUGAUCACGGACCGAUGUACUGGCCGAGCUUAUUUCCAAAUUAUUGUGCUGGUAUAUUCCAGUCACCAAUAAAUAUUGAGACCAGUAAGACAGUGUAUAAUCCAAAUUUAAAGGAGUUCGCCAUUUUCUACGAUCCACCUUUGCGAGGAUCCAAGUUUGAAGUUCAUAAUAACGGACAUGCAGUUGAAGUGAAUACUGACGGAAGUUUCUACAUUUCAAAUGGUGGGUUGCGUUAUUUGUAUAAAACAGCUCAGUUUCAUUUCCAUUGGGGUAGCCAAGAUGCUCAAGGGUCCGAACAUACAAUUGAUGGUGAACGGUAUCCUCUAGAGAUGCACGUUGUAAAUUGGAAUAGCGACAAAUACAAAUCAAGUGACGAGGCUGGGAAACAUCGGGAAGGUCUGGCUGUUCUGUCAAUCUUGUUCAAGGUAUCAUCAUUCGACAACCCGACAUUGGAACCAAUUAUUCGAGUUCUACAUCAGUUAAGAGAUCCAGACAGACAUGUAUUAGUAACUAUACCGGCUGUUUCAAUAAAGGAGUUUCUACCCCAAUCACCGGACAGAUACUUCCGGUACGCUGGUUCCCUUACUACACCCAACUGCUCUGAAACUGUCAUAUGGACUAUUUUUGAACAGAACCAGUACAUCUCUGAGAGACAGCUAAGGCACUUCCGGGAGAUGUUUACCUCAUCACUUCAUAUUGAAGCAAAAACACGUAACCGGGUACCAGGUGAAGGUGGUGAAUGGAGGGCAUUAUUGUCAGAUAACUUCCGGCCGGUUCAUAACCUUAAUGGUCGAACAGUUUUCCGGAGUUUCCAACACCUCCCGUUACAAAGUGGCCAAUCAUGUAACCCGAGGGUUGAUCUGGAUAUUAAACUGCGUACCUAACAAAUGUACAAUAUAAUAAUCAUUUAUGUUAUGUAAGGUCAAGGAUUUCUAUGCUGAGACGAGAAUGUUGUUUGGUAAUGCAUGUAUAUAGAACAUAUUUGUUUGCCUAUUCUUAGGGUAUUUUAUUUUUUAUUUAAAAAACGUUCGUAACUUUCCUCUGAUGUAUUUUUGCCUCUCAUUGCUAAAUGGAGCGAACAAUUGAUAUGAUGGGAAAUAAACAUGUAAUAGACUAAAUACUAAAAUUAAGUGAUCUAUAGUCAGACAUUCGGUUUAUAUGUU